AUGUCCCCUGAAAAAUUUCCCAAGCCCAUCAUCAGGGAAAUCGAAGCUCAGGAGGCGUGCAAGUGGCUGCGGGCCGCCGGCUUCCCCCAGUACGCCCAGAUGUACGAAGAUCUCCAAUUUCCUAUUGACGUAACGAACGUAGCCAAGGACCACCCGUUUCUGGAGACAGACUCGCUGCAGAGCCUCUUCCGCAGACUCCAUGCCCUCAACCGUUGCGCCAACAUGAAACUGGACACGCAUCAUCAUACCCAUCACAACGCGACUCACGGCAAAAGCGAGGGAAGGAGCGUCGGAGGCGUGGGUAGCGGAAGGCCGACCACCGGCCACCAAGUGAACGGCGGCGAGGACUCGGACGAGGACACCCAGUGCGCCCUGAGCGAGAACUGGACCUUCGAGAAGAAGACCCGUCGCUGGUCGCGGGUCUGCGACAUCACCUCCGGCACCGUUGAGCGGCUACAAGCUAUAGCCGGCCAACAGCACGGCUCCGAGGACGACGGCUCGGACGACCGCCUCGAGCACGACGAGGCCGACGACACGAUGCUCGACUCGCUGCGCUACCGCAACACCCUUCCGCCCGGCGCCCUCCCCGAAGACAUGGGCAGCCCCCGCUUCCGGCGCACCGGCUCCGAGCGCCUCCGCGACGGCGCCAAGGCCUUCCUCCGGCGCAUGGAGAGCCUCAAGUCCCGCCGGAGAAAACACCAGCACAACCACAACAGGGACGGGGUCGUCAUAAGCGGGCCCCAGAUCCUCGACGUCGUCUCCAUGCAGCGCAAGAUGAAGGACCUGAACUGCGUCGACGUGUCGCCCACCGAGGGCCAAGCCCCCGUCUCGUUCGCCGACCUCGUCCUGCCCCCGGUGUCCUCCUCGCCCCCCUUGGGCCUGCUGCCCGGUUCAUCGCCCUCGUUCCACCUGCCACCGUCGCCCCUGGCCGGGACCAACAGCACCGUGGCGAGUCCCUUUGGCGACGACUCGUCGAGUUACUGCUCCGACGGGUCCCAGGGCGGUGGCCCGCCCACCACGAUAUCCGCACCCAAGACCAAGGUCACCAGGGCCAAGAGGCUACUGCACCGGGGCAUCAGGGAGGACCAGGGCGCGCUCAGCGACUCCGAGUGCCAGCCCAGCAGCUGGAGGCACCGGUAUUUCAAGGACGCCAACAGCAACAACGCCAAGGUGUUGGAGUACGUGGCGAAGGAUUCGGGGGGGAGGUCCGCGCGUCAGGGUAACGCGUCGGUGAUAAGCACGCGGGGCGGUAGCUUGAACCUGGGAAAGGAGUCGCAGCGGUACCGGGACAAGUUGUCGUCGUCGGCCAAGGAGGACAAAGCCCACCACCACCACCACCAUCACAAGAGCUUCCGCCACCAGCGCAGCGACGAGGCGGUCGUCGUCGCGAAGAAGGAGGUCACUGUCUACCGAGCCACCACGGACAAGUCGGCUCAGCAGCAGGUGGUCAGCCAGGAGAGCAGUUCGACGGCAGCUAGCCGAGACUCGGACCAGGAGGAGGACUCGCCAAGGCACAAGGGCAACGUGGUCAGGUGGCACAGCUUUCAGCGCGGCUCGUUGUACCCCGAGCCCCUCGACCAGCUCCUCUGUUCCCGAGCCAUGGCCUCCAUGUCGUGUGGCCAGUUGUUGGUCCUGCGCAAGCUCGCCCUACUCAAGCUCACCGCCUGUAUGGAGCGCUACUGCCCGACCCACCGGACCGGCUGGAACUGGGAGCUGCCCAAGUUCAUACGCAAGAUCAAGACGCCGGAUUACAAGGACAAGACCGUGUUCGGGGUGCCGUUGCUCCUGUCGCUCCAGAGGACCGGCCAGGCCCUGCCAAAGUGCGUCCAGAUAGCGUUGAGGUGGCUGAGGGCCAACGCCCUCGAUCAGGUCGGCAUAUUCCGGAAGAGCGGGGUCAGAUCGCGGAUACAGAGGCUCAAGGCCAUGACCGAGGCCCAAGGGGACAACAUCAACUUUGACGGGCAGCAGGCCUUCGACGUCGCCGAUCUCGUCAAACAGUACUUCCGCGAGUUGCCCGAGGCCCUGCUCACCAACAAGCUCUCCGAGACCUUCAUCGCCAUCUUCCAACACGUGCCGGUGGAACUGCGCCCGGACGCGGUGCAGUGCGUCCUGUUGUUGUUGCCGGACGAGCACCGCGAGGCCCUCGAGACCCUCCUCGACUUUUUGAACCACGUGGCCGCCAACUCGUGCUACAACCAGAUGACCGCGUCCAACCUGGCGGUCUGCCUUGCCCCGAGUCUCUUCCACUUCAGCCACAGCAGCGCGAGCGUCGCAGCCAGCAACAGGUCCAACAGCGUGUCCCCCCGGCGCCGCAAGACCGUCGGCAUUCCCGACCAGCGCGAGCUAUCCGAGAACAAAGCGGCCCACGACUGCCUCCUCUACCUUAUUAAGACGCAUCGUGAUCUGUUUAUGGUAUCCUCGGACAUGCUGACGCAGUGUCGGUUCAAUUACAUGGAGGAGAGCGUCCCGGUCCCGUUGGAGGAGCUCGGCUCGGAGCUCAAGCAGGACUGGAGGGGCUACAUGUACGCCUGCACGUCGGCCCUCCUCAAGGAAGGCCGCGAAAAGAGCCGGGGUUGGGUGUCGGUGAACCAUCCGGCGGACGCGAGCGUCGACAUGGGGUACAAGAAAGUGGGCGACGGCCACCCGUUGAGGCUUUGGCGGGUCAGCACGGAGGUGGAGGCGCCGCCCGAGGAGCUGCUGCACCGGGUGCUGCGCGAGCGCCACAUAUGGGAUCCGCAGCUCCUAAAGUACCGGCUCGUCGUGAAGCUCGACACCAACGCCGAGGUCUUUCAGUACGCCACCGGCAACAUGAGUCCCCUGCCCGCACGCGAUUACUGCGUCCUCAGGACGUGGCAGACGGAUUUGCCGAAAAAGGCGUGCGUCAUCGUGGAGACGUCGGUGGAGCACCCGGACGCCAAUGUGAUGCUCGGCGGUACGCGGGGCAUCGUCCUCGCCUCGCGCUACCUCAUCGAGCACUGCGGCAGCGGCAAGUCGCGCAUCAUGCACCUGUCCAGAGUCGACACCAAGGGCCGCACACCCGAGUGGUACAACAAGAGCUACGGCCACAUAGCGGCGCUGCACCUCAGCAAGAUCCGCAACUCGUUUAAGCACACGGCCGACGGCCCCGAGAGCAAGGUCUGAGAUAAGGCCACCGCGCAGUCACAGCUGCGCGGUCAGCAAUCGUCGUCGCAGCAGCAGCCUCCACCCCAGCCGGUGCGGGCUACGGUCAUUGCAGCGGCGGUGGCCACGGCCAUCGACCAGAUGUGCGAGGUCCAGCCACGCCACGAUCCACGGCUCCUUUGUCCGCCGAGGGACGACGAGUAAAUCAAAGUGACGAUACACGCGUGUACGAGUGGCGAAAAGACUACGAGGAGAUGAUGUGCAGUCUCGAGGAGUGGGUUGUCCACCCCGCCCUUUGGGCUCUGUUUUUUCGUGUAAAUACGAGUUCUUUGUUACCCAAAUUUUUUUUUUUACGCAUAUUCCACACGUUUUCAUGAGUUUUAUUACGUGUAUACGUAUGCACUUACAUAUACCUAAUACAUAUAUUAUAUACGUAUACGUCAAAGGUGCGAAUCGCCCCUGUAUCUUUUUUACGAGAAUCCGCUAUCUUUUACCAUUUACUCGCACAUUGUACUCACGUUCGGACCAAACGUCGUUUCCCUCCUCACGUCUUUUCAUUUUUUUUUUUUUUUUUUUUUUUAUUCCUUACAAAUUUUUAUCGUAACGAUGACUAAUAUGUGUAGCGUCGUUACUUCCCAAGCCAGGAUUCACGUAAGUUAAUCUCUAUACGUUUUUUAAUACCUACACGCGCGAACGGCAUAAUAUAAUAAUAUAUAGUUGUGUAACAUAUUUAGUGCGUAGCAUAUACCUUAAACGUGUUUGGUGAGAUGUUUCGUGUGGGCGUGCAUGUACGUGUUGUACGUGGCUCGAGAUUUAUGUACACAUACGUAUACCAACGCGAGCGCAGAGUUAUGUGUGCAAAAGAAGUAUAAUAUAUGACAGAAGUAUAGGUAUAUUUUUUUCGAUACGAAAGAGAUUGAUAGUGACGAUCGAUCGUCGGAAUUGCGCGUACCAAAAAUUAAAAGCAAACAAUCUUCGAACGUACAAUGUAUACAUAGUUUUUUUUUUAAUGGAAAAUAAUAUAUGUGUAUGUCGGAUGUUGUACACCAUAUCAAAAGAGCGAGCUUUCGAAGCUGCAAAUGAGAUACCUGAAUUAUAACUAUUACGCGUAAGAUGUACAAGAUUACUCCCGUAUACGGAGAACAUAAUGUUACUUGUUUGCAUAAUAUCGUACCCUUGAAUAAUUAAGGAAAAUAACAACACGAUGUUUGCGUAUACUUUCCUUUUUUUACGAUGAAUUUAUUCUUGCUGAUAUCACGUGUAUGACAAUUGUGAGCAUGAAAAAAAUAUAUAUAUAUAUGUAUAUUUAAAAUGUUUCAGUGGUUUCGCGUUUCGAUGAGUGUUUUGAAUAAUAAGAAUAUUUUAAUAUUUUCGAUCGAUUGAAUGACUGAAAAAUCCUUGAAGUGUCUCUCGUGUGUUUGAAUUUACGAAUUGUCACGUGUUUUUUUGAAGAAAACAGAAAAAAAAAAAAAAAACAAAAAAAG